GAGAAGUAUACAAUAAUUAUUUUGAAACAAAAACAACUGAUUUUGAUAGCGUAAAUCAAAGAACAUCCAGUGAGCAGUAGCAGUGAGCAAAGAACAUCCAGUGAGCCUGAGGUAGAAGAAGGUCUUAGAACUAUCCUCCGUUCAUCAGCAAUGGUCGCCAUUAUUUCUGUGCACAAUGCUUUGAUCGAGCUCCGACUCUUUGCCAUAUUUCACAUUCUGCAGCUGCAGCCACCAUGGCCAAGGAGGAUAAAGACAAUAUCUGGAGAGAUCGGCAAAGACGAAGCCUACUUGCUACCUUUCUCAAAAACCAGCUUAGAAAUUUCAGGAAAACAACACCAGAUUCGGUAUCUCGGCACAGGUUUCUUAUAUUUCCCAAUAGUUCUGAAGUCCUUCCCUUCAAUAGGUUGUUGCGAUGAAGACCGUCGCUCUGAAUUAGGGCUCCGUGAUUGGUCAUCGCAACUCGAAAGAGCCAAAUGUGUCCAGCUUUGAACUUAAUGAAGCAGAGGAAGGAUGGUUAUGAACCAUCUGAUACUGAGACAGAAUGGCAAGAAAGCCCUUGGAAUGAUCCUAAGGAGAAGAAACUUGUACUGGAUUACAAUAAUCGAAGAACUGAUUCGGCAGUAUCCAAGAAGUUCACUGCUGCGGCGAAUGUUUCUCCUCCUGGUUUGAGAAGAAACGGUGGCAAAACACCUCGCAGGCCAGCCAAAGACGAUAGUGUUCUUGUUAUGCUUCAGAGAAACAUCAGCCCCUUGUCAAGAGCAGAAAGAAGAAGACAUGAGUCUCCUUUUAAAGCUGCGGGGGAGGAAAUUGGAAGCUCUAGCAUGAGGUCAAGAAAAGAGGAGAAUUUGACUUCUUCUCAUGGGAGUAGCAGAAUAAGUCAAAAACCAGGCUACAGUAGGAGAUCAGUGACUGCUCCAAGGUUGAGGAUGAGAGAUGAACAUAUGAUUGCUGUAAAUGAUUUAUCUCAGAGGAGAGAGAGAGUAGCUCCAACCUUGCAGGUCAGCUCCAUCCUACAACAGCCAAAGGAGGUUUCCCAGGUGAAUUCUCUAUCUAUUGGUGAAAUGAAUGAACUGAUCGCAGAUGGAAGGAUUAAUAGAGGUUUGGCUUUUAAUGACCCUGUGGCUGAAAGCAUGGGGUCGAUCUCACCGGGGGAUAUAUUCUUUUCGCGUGAUGGCUUGCCUAUUGGGAUGAAUAACAAUGUCACCUCAAAGAGAAAUGCGUUCAAAAACUAUAUAAGUCCAAAGCCUGCAUUUGUGGCUAAAAAGAAUGAUGAUACUUAUAAUCAAGUGGCAGUAAAUGCUAAUGGUAGAGGAGUUUCUUCUGCUGGAGCAGGUUUGUCAUCGACCACAACCAGUAGUGCCGCUGUAAGUAGAGAAAAUAGUAGUAGAAUUAGCAUUGAAAAUAGUAAGAUCAGUGAUGUGAGUGGAAGAACAAGUGAGAGUACUAAAAGGUUUAUAGCCAAUAGACGAAAGAAGAAGAAUGAUAUAUGGUUUUCUUGUAUGAGGAAUGGGACUUGCAGGACAACAAAAUCGCCUGAAAAGCGACCAUUUGAUGAAGCUACAUAUAUUGAAAAGGCAAAUGUUGUUGAAUACUUGAAACCCUUCUGGGCAGAUCAGCAUAGACCGGUUUCCUUAAAUGGUUUCACUUUCCAUAAGCAUGAGGCCCAACUUCUCAAACAAUUAGUUUCACAGGACAGUUUUCCCCACAUUCUCUUCAAAGGUCCACGUGGAUCUGGCAAAAGAGUGCUGAUGAUGGCUCUUCUGCGUGAGAUAUAUGGUGAUUCAUGUUGGAAUGUUUCUCAUGAUUUGCGACGUUUCCAGAUUCAGGAAAGAAAACUGACGCAAGUCUUCGUUCCAUUGACAUCAAGUGCUCACCAUGUGGAACUAAAUUUAAGCUCCGAAUCAAAUGCUAAGUAUGCUUUACUGGGAUUGGCUAAAGAAAUAGGCAGUGAAUAUUCUAUUAAUGUGGAAGCAAGAAAUGUUAAUCCCAAGGCAAAUUUCAAAGUGGUAGUCCUUUUAGAUGUAGACAAAGCUGCAGAGGAUAUUCAACACUUGCUUAGGUGGAUUAUGGAUGGCUAUAAGGAUGCUUGUAAAGUUGUACUUUGUUGUGAAGAUGACACAGGCAUCCUUGAAUCAGUGAUACGCCGCUGCAAAGUUAUUAAAAUUAACCCUCCUGUAACUCAUGAAAUCAUGGAUGUACUUAUCAAAAUAGCAGAGAAAGAGGAAUUUGACUUACCCAUGAACUUCGCUUCUAAGAUUGCUACUAAAGCAAAGCAAAACCUGAGAAAAGCAAUCAUGGCGCUUGAAGCAUGCAAGGCACACAAUUAUCCAUUUUCUGAUGACCAGCCAAUCCCCAUUGGAUGGGAAGAGGCCGUGGUAGAACUCGCAGCCCAUAUCCUCGAAGACCCCUCAAAUCCAAGAUUACACCAAGUAAAAGAAAAAAUUCAGAAGCUUCUAGUUGAUUCGGUUCAUCCUAAACUAAUUCUCCAGAAGCUUGUGGAACAAUUUCUGAAAAGAAUUGAGCUGAGAUCAAGGAGGGAACUUUAUUAUUGGCAUGCUUAUUAUAACAAGAGACUCCCAAUUGAAACUGGAACAAGUGCGUUACCCAAAUUAGAAGAAUUUGUGGCAAAGUUCAUGAGCAUGUACAGGAAGAGCUCCACCAACUUCGUAUAUGAUUGAUAGAAAUGUUGAUAAUGGUGAAAAGUUUAUUUGUUUUUGAUAAUAGAAGACUUGCUAGUAUCCAUUUUAUACGGUUGGAUAUACAAAAUCAUAGUUUGACUAUGCAUCCAAAGUUCAGAGGGAAUAA